CGCGAUACUGAAGAUCCUUCCCAGUGAGAGGCAGAUCUCAAAGUGCAUUCAGUUGCUGUUGUGGCUGGGAGUCAGCACAGGCAGUCAGUCAGUCCCUUUGGUUGAACCCUUCUUCAGCCUGAGGUGAAACGGGAGUCUUUUAAACUGCCCGACCAAACGAAAACAACUCUCACCGCUGUCUCUGAACCAACUCUGAUUCUGCACGACACCUUUAGUCCCGCAGAUUCAGAAUUCUUGGAUAUUGCUCCGGGCAUCAGAUGGUCAGUGAUGGCUGGCGCCGUGGUGGCAUCAGUGGUGCGAUCAUUCAAUGUUUGGCCAGCCACUGACUCCCCAGAGUGUUGAAGGAGCUGCGAGCAGAAAGGAUCAGAAGAACCAGCUGUGCAACAACUGUAUGGUGGAUGUCAACAGGAUGUGCAGCCGGUUGGUCGUUUCUUUGUAAAUGGAUUAGAGGCAAGUUGUGACCAUGCGCUGCCUCGCUGCUCGGGUCAACUACAAGACCCUCAUCGUUAUCUGUGCCCUCUUCACACUCAUCACUGUGUUGCUAUGGAACCGCUGCUCAAGUGACACCUCCCUUCGCUUCCUGCCCCGAGCCGCCUUGGUGGCUCCGAGUCCCAAGGUGGGGGAUGCAAGCAUUAGCAGCCAACAACACCCUCCACAACCUCCAGAGCCCCCACCUGUCGUCGGGGUGGUCAGCGGGAUCAAGUACGAAGAAAUCGACUGCUUGAUCAACGAUGAAUCUACUAUCAAAGGCCGACGAGAGGGUGGAGAGGUCUACCUGCCUUUCAGCUGGAUGGAAAAAUACUUUGAAGUGUACGGCAAAGUAGUGCAGUACGACGGCUACGACCGGUUUGAGUUCCAGCACAGCUACUCAAAGGUUUACGCGCAGCGUGAGCCCUACCACCCCGACGGAGUCUUCAUGUCAUUUGAGGGAUACAACGUGGAGGUCCGCGACCGUGUCAAGUGUAUAAGUGGAGUGGAAGGUGUGCCUCUGUCCACUCAGUGGGGCCCUCAGGGCUACUUCUACGCCAUCCAGAUCGCCCAGUACGGCCUGAGCCAUUACAGCAAAAACCUGACAGAGCGCCCGCCCCACGUUGAGGUCUACGACACCGCUGAGGAGAGAGACAGCCGGGCCAGCUCGGCGCCCUGGAGCGUGCCGAAAGGUUGCGGUCUCAGCCGCGUCCCCGACAAGUCCCGAGCUACCUCCGUGCGUCAGUUCAGUGCUCCAGAGGCCUCAGAAGGCGUGUCUCUCCAGCUGGGCAACUCCAAAGACUUCAUCCUCAGCUUGGACGUCAAGUUCGUCUCCAACGGCAGCGUGUCUGUUGUCCUGGAAACCACGGAGAAGGGCCCGCCCUUCACCAUCCACUACGUGACCAGCACGCAGCUCAUCGCCUUCAAAGACCGUGACAUCACCUACGGUAUCGGCUCACGGACCGCCUGGAGCACCCUGACCCGAGAUCUGCUCACCGACCUCAGGAAGGGCGUCGGGCUUUCCAACACCAAGGCUGUGAAGGCAACGAAGAUCAUGCCCAGACGGGUGGUGCGACUUGUCCUACAUGGGCGUGGCUUUGUCGACAAUGUCACCAUCUCCACCACUGCCCACAUGGCCGCCUUCUUCGCCGCCAGCGACUGGCUGCUCCGCAACCAGGACGAACGAGGUGGCUGGCCCAUCAUGGUCACCCGUAAACUGGGGGAAGGCUUCCGGCCUCUGGAGCCCGGCUGGUACUCAGCCAUGGCUCAGGGCCAGGCCAUGUCCACCCUGGUGAGAGCCUACCUCCUCACCAAGGACCAGGCUUACCUCAACGCUGCCCUCAAGGCAGUCGGACCCUACAAGGUGCCUUCAGCGCAGCACGGGGUCAAAGCUGUGUUCAUGAACAAAUACGACUGGUAUGAGGAGUACCCCACCACACCCAGCUCCUUUGUCCUCAACGGCUUCAUCUACUCCCUGCUGGGACUCUUUGACUUGACUGAGACCGCCGGAGAGAAGCUUGGCAGGGAGGCCGGGCAGCUGUUCAGCCGCGGCAUGGAGUCGCUGAAGGCCAUGCUGCCGCUCUUUGACACAGGGUCUGGGAGCAUUUAUGACCUACGUCACUUCAUGUUAGGCACGGCGCCCAACCUGGCCCGCUGGGACUAUCACACCACACACAUUAACCAGUUACAGCUGGUGGCAUCCAUAGACAACUCUCCCGUCUUUAAGGAUGUGGUCAAACGCUGGAAAAACUACUUAAAAGGGAUUCGUGCCAAGCACAACUAGACCGUAACCCACAUAUAGAUACAGCUGAGAUGAUGACUGAAGGGUUGAGUAUACUUUAUGUGUGAUGGAUGAGUGCAUGUGAGACGGAUGCUUCCUCACAUUGCGUGUGUGUGUCACAGUUUUGGUUGAGGUUCAUAAUCUAACGGUGAGUUUAUUCAGCUGCAGCUGGCGACACUUAAGGUUUCUGUUGCAGGUUAAUAUUUUCUGCAACAAUGACUGUAGCUCUCCUCCCUUGUUUUUUUCCUUGAGCGAGUGUUUGUAAUUAUGCACAGACCUAGUUUCACAGUGUGUGUGUGUGUGUGUGUGUGUGUGUGUGUGUGUGUGUGUGUGUGUUGGUUAAAGGAAGAAUAUAUGAUGUAAGAGAACUGAAUUGUUAAAACAGUCUUUCCAACUCUCUUUGAUGCAUCCUCCACAAGUUUUCCUCCAGUUUUUCACCAUUUAUUUUCAGAUUUGCAAAGUUUAUUGAGACAAAUAAACAGAAUAUAUUAUAAAUUAUUUUAAGGAGAAUGUUGCCAAAAAUAUAUCUCAUCAUUAUAAAACACUUAAACAUUCUGGGUUUGAUUUCUCCACUGCAAAGUUUUUAAUCCGUAACCCUCAGAAAGUUUUAAAUCAUAAGUUUACCAUAUUUAAGCUGGUAGGUGAGCUGAAUUAAUUUGGCUGUCAUCCUUUUAUAAAAAUGCCUAAUGCUUCCAAACUGUCAUCUUCCAGUUCUCUCUGAAGAUGUUUCCCCUGAAACACAGUUAAAUUAUUUUGAGGAGGAUUAUGUUGUUAUGUCUUUAGUGAGCUUAAAUCCUUUAGAUAUUUAUUCUUUAAUUUGGGAUUAAGUUUCUGGCGAGCUGCUCUGAGGGAUAAACACUUCACACCACUAUAUUUGAUUUCAGGUGAUUAAACCAGAGAGUCUCCUCAUGAGUGUUCAGCUGAGCUCUGGUUUAUAUCACACCUGGUCAGAGUUCUGUCAUGUGACUCACACUGGAGACCGGAGACUGCAGGUAGCACGCUGCCACAUCCCCUCAGAUAAACCCAUCAGGCCUGCAGCCAUCUUUAAAAAAAACCCACCCUGAUUAAUAAUUCAUCUUAAUAAGCUGCCAGUUGCUGAAGCUCCUUUAUGAGAUGUUUAAGGGUGACAAACUUUGUGCUACCACUCUCAGCUGUAACCAAAAGCCACUAAAGUCUGACAGUCGGUCGCAAAGAAACUAAAUAAUUCAUGUGCCAUUACAGAACACAGUUAGUUCUGCAUCACCAGGAUUUCAGCCCAGUUUGUAAAGAAAAAAAACUUUCCCCGAGUCAGAGAUCCUACAGUGAGAAAUGAGCCGACGAUUUCACUGAUCAAGAGUUGGGAAAUGUUGGGAAAGAGUUGGGAUUACAUCAGUCAUGUCGCCGUCCUCAAGUUUAACACGGGUAACUUCAACGGUUCAGACGAAACCACAGAGAGGAAGAGCUGCUUCUUUGACCACUACUCAAUAUAAGUGUGUCAUUACUUAAAGACCUUCGAGCGGUUGGCCCUGUUGUCAUGGAAAUGAAAAUCCGCCAGUUGUCCAAAUUGAACCAAAUUCAGCACAGAACUUCCUCAGCAGUAAACCUGCCCUGUCUGAAGGAGAUCGGGGUGAAUGGCUCUCGAGAUAACUGAGGCACAGACAGAGGGACAGACAGAGAUUCUUUGCUUUUGAGUCAGACGGCUCUUGCUCUACUUAACAAGAUGAAUACAAAUAUAAAACUCCUCUAAAGCUUCAGGUAGAUCAGUCUACAUACUCCCAGCAGUGUCAUUCUAAGCUUCCCCAUCCUGCAUCAAAUAAUCUAUUAAUCGAUUCAUUGCCAACCAUUUUGGAAUUGGUUUGAGUCCUUUUCAAAAUAAAGUCUAAAUUCUCUGAUUCCAGCUUCUUAAAUGUGAAUGUGUUCUGGUUCAUUUUCUCCUCUCAGACAGUAACCUGGAUAUCAUGACCCCUGAGGACAUUUAAAACCAAUUAUAAACCAAAUAACUAAUUGAUUAAUCGAAAUGAAAAUGACCUCCAUGCAUUCAUGUUGUAAUUAAUGUAUGCAGGACUCACCGAAAGUGAUUUGAAACUAGCUCUCGGAUGAAUCCCAUGACUUUCCCUUGUAAAAAUUCUUUUUUACAAUCUUUAUAUGACUUUAUGUCCCUUGAUUCGAAUAGUGCCCUUAGUUUUAGCUACGUUUUCAUUAAUCUUCACAUCCCGUUUGACCUUUUUAAUAUCUUGUUUUACUUAUAAACUUGUCUGAACAGCUCUCCUUCUAUAACUCCUCUGCAUGUUAAUUGCAGGCUGUGAGUGUGGGUGGUGUAGACGUGUGCGUGUGUGUGCAUGUGUGUGUAGGUAGCUAGACGUGUGGGCACAGCUGCGUCUCACUAACAUGUCAAUUUAUAACAUUCAAAUAGACAAUGGCAGGAGCGCUGAAGGUCGGGGUAAAUUCUUGACAAACAUAAAGAGGCUGUCGGUCCCAGCAGGCUCUCAUUGCGCCUCUCUGCUGCCGUGGGUGCAUGAACUCAGCGUUUUUAAUCUCAGCGCUGCCCUGUUGACCGCUGUACGAGGAGAAACCGGCUCGCCAAGACACUCACAAUUCACCCGGCUAAUAGGCUGGAGAGCCUGCACACCGUACAGUCGCAAGUCGGGGAUGAGUCAGCACACGCCGGCACCGCGCUCACAGAGAAAACAAAGUGGAGCCCUUCAGCAUUAAUGAGGCUUUUAUUGAUCUACUUUAAAGAUUUUUAAUGGGACGCAGGAGAAUCAGGCGGGUUUGUUCUUCUCAAAGUGUUGAUGGUGAAUUUCUCCUUUGGUCAUUUUCAUAAAACUGGUGAGAUGAGAACGUUCUCCCAGACGGUCGGCUUUCAAAAGUGUGCGCUUUUAAGAACUAGAUCAAAGCAGCAGGUGAUUCAUUGUGAUGUAACGGAGAAGAAAUAGACCUUAAAGUACAGCUCCGUCUGUAACUCGACUUUUUGCAUCGAGAACUAUGUGAGAAAUUAGGGCAACACAGUCAGCUGAGAUUUAGAGGAAAAAGUUGAAUAUUUAGAUAAUAAAGUCAUGAUGUGGUUGUGAGGAGAAACAGCAGCUGUACAACACCGUAAUAACACCACGACAAUAAAACCACUGACAUCUUGUUCUUUGACAUGGAACAGCCUGCACCACACAAACUACUCAGGAAUGACCCGAGGACGGUGACGAACAGCUCAAGGCUCCGAUCUGGCUUCCAAAUUCCUCAGAUAUGAGUCUGAUCAAGCUUCCUUGGACAAGUCUGAUCCAUGGAGGCCCAUGGAUCACACUUGGCUCUCAGUGAUCAAGGCAUGGACACGACACCUCGAGGGUUUCCCUGUGAUGUCUGACGUCUCUGAGUCCUGUGUGAUGUGAGGCGGGGCCUCCAUGAUCAGAGCUGUUCCAGCAAAGCCCCGGGCUCUUUCUGGGAUUCCUCAGACCGCUCCUGAGCAGCUCUGCCAGUGCAGCAGGGCGCAUUAAGGCCCUCAUCGCAUUAUUUUCACUGAGUCUUCAUUUCCUGAAUUGGGAAGCCAUUCUUCCCAUUCCGGUGUGCUCCACUUGCAGUCAUGUCAGAAUGUGAGGACAACACUGACGCCAUUAAAAAAAAAAAAAAAAAAAUUUAUUGCUCGGAGCGUUCAUGUGAAUUUUCAACAGCACGUGAACACACAGUUAAUGCUGUGUCGCAGCUGGUGUAUAGUGCUCCUAUAUGUUACAAUACAGUUACAGGAAAUGCUCAAACAUGCGCGUGUAAUCCAGUCAACCCAGUUUAAAGGGACUCUGUUGAUCGUCUGUGUUGGGCUGGAAGCCAGUCGCUCAUUUAUGCUAGAGGACGAAAUCCACAGUCCAGCAGCGUUUAACGGCUUAAUUUAACAAUCUGAACGUUACAGUCCUCUCACAUUUGGGUUUAUUAAUACAUAUAGAUAACUAAAUAUUGUCACAUAGAGCCCAUUUAAUCUUAAUUUACAGCAUUUAUUCUUAAAGCAACCAUUUAUCGAGAUGAAGUUGAAUAAUGUCACUUUUUUCUUAUUCACUCAUAUCUUACCUGUUGGUAAGAAUCAGCAAAUACUGACUCAUUGGGACGUUGCCCCGCCCCAAACGUCAGUAUUUAUCAAGUUGAAAAAAAAAAUCACCUUCUCUUACAAAUUGGACCUUUAAGACUUUUCUAAACAUCGGGCCCUAACCCUCCAACUCAGACGUUUAUCCUGAGGUUGUUUUGAGUUUAAAGAUGAGCUGUGAUUGCAGAGACAUGUGAGUGCACUUUUCUGUUUGAUAAUCGCAGUUUUUUGGAUGCGUGCUGAUUCUUUGCUUUCUUCACUUCCUGGUGGCAUUUUCUCCCCAUGAACCUUCACAUAACCAACCCUGACGGGACAUGUGGAGCUCUGGUCUGUGGUCUAAAGGGAACAUUUAGGAAUGGAAGUUGUGUCUGUGUGUGUGUGUGUGUGUGUGUGUGUGUGACUGACUGUGUCCAUUUUGUUUAUACCAAAGUCAUGAAUUUUUGAAUUUGUAUAUUUUUGUGUGCAAACCGAUUUUUCCAUUCAGCAUUUAAUGACGUGGAGUCUCCUCGGAGGCGUCACAGAGACACUGCCUUCUGAGAAAUGCUAGUUUUUCAAAUGUAGGUUGGAUAGAUGAUAGCAGGAAUAAGGAGGUGUAAAAUGUGCUUAUCGUGAAGGGGAUGUGUGCAACUAGAGAUUAGCAUUUAGUCAGCUGCUGUUUUAAAGGCAAAUAGCUGCAAAUUCUCCUCAAAGUUUUAUUUCUUUUUACUGUUGUUUUCUUUGAGUGUGUGUUUGCAUCAUUUGCUGGAGGAGGGAGAUGUUUUUUGUUUUUUUUUUAGAUAAAAGCACAACUGCUGUUUGUUGUCACAUGAUUUCUAUUGUGUUUCUGUUGUGUUCCUGUUGUGUUUCUGUUCAGGACAAUGUGCAACGCCUUCAUUAAGGAAGCUGCUAUUAUUGUUCACUGUCUUACAGGUUUGACAGCUUCUUUUCUCCUCAUGGUAGUGCUGUUUCUAUCUUUUUUUUUUUUCUAUUUUUCCACUCUCUAUUAAAGACUUCAGCAGAUGACCGCUGAGGUCAUAUGUGAUUUAUGCAAUAAAAUGUUUACUGGGGUUGUGACACCACAGGAGACCCAGAGCGGUUGUACAGACUUUGCAAUCAAAGCACAAAGUGCAAAUGCUACCGUUUUUUUUUAGUCAAAGGAAGAAAUGUGUUUAUAUACAGAGUAAUGCUUCGUGCUUUAAAACUUUGCUUUUUAAAGGUGUAAAAAAAAAUAAUAAUAAUAAAAGCAUUUUUCUUAAACGUC